AUGCAUUUGGCGAAGCGCCAGAUCGGAAGCCGUUGUGCGAAACGGCAUGGAGCUGAUGUUCUCACGAGAGCCGGCAAUUUGAAGCCGGCUUGUCCAUGCCUGCUCCCUUGCCAAGCUGCCAAGAGUGCGGCGCAGAGGCUGGAGGUUAUGGCGCUGGCUUCGGCACGGGGAUCUUCGCUGAAAGCUUGUACUGCAGCCAGUGCUGGAAGAAGUGGUACCAAGUUACUUGAGAAGCGGCAGGCAGAGCUGCGGAGAAGACUUGGACCUUGGAGGGUCGUCGCAACCGACGCGAAGUUCAUGUUUGGAAUCUAG